UUGCCCCCCAUCGGGACUCUACUGCAGACAGUAGGCCUGAGCCUCCACCUGGCAGGGAGUUCUCAGCUCCUGGCAUCUGUGAGGAAGGAAAAGAGGGAGCUCUCUGUGCUGUGAGGAAGGCGUUUCUGAGUCUGAGGGACGGUCUGCGUGUGGGGAGGCAAGAUGCCAGCUCAGAGGAUUUUUGGGGCCCGAUUCUGCCUCCUGCUGUUCCUCUCUGUGGCCACCAGAGGGCAGAGUGCAGCGACCCAGUCUGUGGAAUGGUUCCCGGAGAACGAAUCGUGUGCCCCUUUUCUGUCUUUCCUGCCUCGGAGUUGCAAGGAAAUCAAAGAAAGUUGCCAUAGAGCAGGUGAUGGCCUGUAUUUCCUCCGCACUGAGAAUGGUGUCGUCUACCAGACCUUCUGUGACAUGACGUCUGGGGGCGGAGGCUGGACCCUGGUGGCCAGUGUGCACGAGAAUCACAUGGCUGGGAAAUGCACGUUGGGUGACCGCUGGUCUAGUCAGCAGGGCAGCAGGGCCGACUACCCCGAGGGAGAUGGCAACUGGGCCAAUUACAACACCUUUGGGUCUGCAGAGGCGGCCACCAGCGAUGACUACAAGAACCCUGGCUACUAUGACAUCCAAGCCCGGGACCUGGGCAUCUGGCAUGUGCCCAACCGGUCUCCCCUGCAGCAGUGGAGGAACAGCUCCUUGCUGAGGUACCGCACCAAUACUGGAUUCUUCCAGAGCCUGGGACAUAAUCUGUUUGGACUCUACCAGAAAUACCCAGUGAAAUACGGAAUAGGGAAAUGUUGGACUGACAAUGGCCCAGCCAUUCCUGUUGUCUAUGACUAUGGCGAUGCUCAGAAAACUGCGUCUUAUUACUCACCCUAUGGACAAAGGGAAUUUGUGGCAGGAUUUGUCCAGUUCAGGGUGUUUAAUAACGAGAGAGCAGCCAACGCCCUGUGUGCUGGGAUGAGAGUUACCGGCUGCAACACUGAGGUCAACUGCAUUGGUGGAGGAGGAUUCUUCCCAGAGGGCAAUCCUUUGCAGUGUGGGGAUUUCUCCGCCUUUGACUGGAACGGAUAUGGAAGACACAUUGCUUACAGCUCCAGCCGGGAGAUAACUGAGGCUGCUGUGCUCCUGUUCUACCGCUGAGAGCUGGGUGGUGGGAGACGUGGAGCCCAGUCCUAACCCCAGGUUCUCAGAGAUGGAAACACAGAAUGCUAACAAGGAGGAGAGGAGAAUAAAUCUUUAUACUUUCCCA